ACCUUCUCGUUUUCAAAAUAUUUUUCUACUCACUUCCACCGAGUUUCUCCUUCUCCUCUUUUGAGCAAUAAAUUACAAACAAAAAAUAUAUUGCUGAAAACGGAGUGAAUCUCUACUCUACUUUUGAGCUUUGGCAGCUUCUCUCAACUGCUCAUUGCCGUCGCCGUCGUCAUUCGAAAACAUCAAAGGAGUGAUAGAUCAUCUUGACAAUGAGGGUUUUCAAGAGGAGGAAAACGAAGAGGUUCAUUACAUCGCGCAUUUGAGUUGAUAUUAUGACUGGGUGGUUCUGGUGCAGCCCUGCUCUCCGAUCUGCUGCCUGAUUUUUUAUUUAGAGAUACAAGAGUACUAAAAAGACAACAGGCGUUGAUACAAAAUGCUUCAACACCAAAUUGUGCAGUCCCCUGCUAGGUUAGGUCUUACAAACCCUAACUCACCAUCAAUUCUGAACCCCAACCCUCCAAAGCUACCUCCUUCACAGACCCAUCAUCACCAAGACCGCCAGUCCGCAACUCCUUCAGCUGCUUUACUCUCUCUUUUACCACCCCUUCCUAGAGCACAAUCACUUCUUUUUCAAAUGUCUUCCUUAGCUUCUAAACUCUUUGAAGUAUCACCCAACAGGUCUGUUUGGGUCACUGCAUUCCGUGGAUCGCUCCCAACAUUCCUUUCUUCCCAAAGCCAAUCACAUUCAUCUUCCUCGCUUGAGUCUUCGCCUUCCACCACCAAAGAAAUUAUUUCACUCUUCACCGCACUUCAAACCCAAAUCUUUGAAGCUGUUUCUGAACUCCAAGAAAUUAUUGAUCUACGAGAUGCUAAGCAGAGGAUUGACCGCGAAAUUCGCUCAAAAGAUCUGGCACUUCUUGCAUUUGCCAACAAACUCAAAGAUGCUGAGCGGGUACUUGACAUUCUUGUUGAUGAUUACUCUGAUUAUCACCGUAGCACCAAGAGAUUCAAAUCAGGAGAUGGCAGUGAAGAUGAUUCUUUAACCACCUCAACUGUCUCUUCUCAGCUGAAGCUGUCAGAUAUAUUAUCCUAUGCCCAUCGAAUAAGUUACACAACCUUUGCACCACCAGAAUUCGGAGCAGGAACGGCUCCUCUUCGUGGUGCAUUGCCACCUGCACCACAAGAAGAACAAAUGAGAGCUUCACAGUUAUAUAAUUUUGCAGACCUUGAUAUUGGAUUGCCUAGAGCAGUUGAAACUAAGGAGAAAACAGUUGAGGCUAUUAUUGAGCCUCCACCUGUACAUCCUGUGGAUACCAAUCCACUAUCGAAUUUGUCCGCAAUUCAAGGGCUGCUACCUCCAAAUUUUUCGGUUCCCCCUGGUUGGAAGCCUGGAAUGCCUGUACAAUUGCCUAUUGAUAUACCAAUUAAGCCGCCACCUGGGUGGAAACCAGGGGAUCCUGUGGCAUUGCCUCCUAUGGACUCCCUUCAAGUACCAAGAUUUGAGGAACCAAAAUUACUUCCUCACAUUCCUCAGCCCAAGCAGCCGGAAGUUAUUCAAGUGCAGCAUGUUAAUUUGGAUCUAGGAGGAAGUGAUAGUAGUGAUUAUAGUAGUGAUGAGGCAAGCUCCGAUGAUGAAGAUUGAGAAGUCCGUGAAACUUAUGAUCUCAAAUUGUUUACUGUACAAGUGAUAUUUUGUUUAAUAAGUUUUCCUUUUAGUUUAAAAUAGUUGUAAAUGCAUGAUAUGUGUGAAUUCCCAGUAUUGAUUUUUCCGUCUAGUAAUUUGCUCCUUCUGCAUUUUAUACUGAUGUCAUUCACCUAUGUCUACGUUUGAUGUGAUAAGGUCCUGUCAUUUGUUUAAUGAGCAUUAGUUUUAAGACAUCUUUAUCCUUGAUAAGUUGCAUUGAUUGUAUGAUAACAACAUAACUUUUCAGCACCUAGUUACUGCUUUGAGUAAUA